GACAAACGUAGCAGAGUAGCGAUCGAAUCGGUCCAUUUGUAGCAAUUGCAGCAACUGUCUGCUAGUGCAACUCUAAAGCAAACUUUGUUCAUUAAAUUUGAAUAUGUAUUAAGAAUAUAUAGUUUAUAGUGCUAUUUAAUAAGUCGCUGGGUAUUACAUAUAGGAAAUACCAGAAGUCUUUCUCCGCGAGGCCUGUGAUAUGAAUGAAACCUCAUGUUGGGUUUAACAGCAACACAUCUGUGAACUAGCACCAUUUAGCCAGUUAACGUUAGCUACUGUUGGCUGGCUGAAUUGGUAAGCCUUUAUCUAACUUACCACUCUUACAACGUUUUUAUAUAUACCUAUAAAAACAAAUCUAGUUAUACUUGCGCUGCGUGUUGGAUCGCCUGAUGAGGUUUAUUGGCAUUAUUCAAUCGAGCAACACAUACCAUAUUCUGGACAAUACCGAGAACAUGGUGCUGCCUUUCUUGGUUUUCUUCUUUUGGUGAAUCGCAUUUUUUUUUCUUAGAUGACGUGGCCUGUUGAUUUUUUGUUAUUUGUUGCUCUUGGAUUGUUACAAGCUCAGCCGCUCCUCUGAUAUCAGGAGAUCUUCGUAUUAUCCUCAUGGAUUUGAAUUUUUACUCGGAUCUCUCUGACGGGACUGGUCAACAUGUUGAUUCCGAGUUCAUGGAUAACUCGUCUUACAAUGGAUAUGAUCCAGUGAACAAGUUCGCAGGUGGCAAUGAUUCAUACCUGACCAUCAGUGGACCUGGUCAUCAUUGGUCAUCUGAGAAAACAUUCCAUACACCCUGUCUGGGUGAUGAAGAGUUUGAAAUCCCACCGAUCUCCUUGGAUCCAGAUUCUGCACUCACCAUUGAAGAUGUGGAAGCCCAUUUUGGAGAGCUGGCUGAACAGGCUGAGACCUCGAGUGCUUCUGGAGUUGGAAAUAGUCUUGCCAGUAAUCCUGUGGUAGGGGGGAAUGAUCCCUCUUUUGCUUCUGCUUUCAUGAAUCCAUCAUCUCAGGGCAUAGAGCACCUGAGUAUGGGUGUGAUUAACCAGCGGGGGGGAAGUGCACUACUGAGCUCAACUCUGGGUGUGGAUCUUGGGCAUUCAGUUGGCUCCCAUUUCAACAGUUCCUCUUCCAUGACUAUUGACGUUCCAAUAAACGACAUGAACCACAGUCUCUUAGGACACAGCCAGCUCACCACCAUAGACCAUUCAGAUCUAAGUGCUCAGUUAGGGCUCAGCCUUGGUGGUGGAGGCAGUGUGUCAAAGUCUCUUGACCAACCGCUGUCAACCACUGACCCUGCUGGCUCGUUACAGGAUGAAGACAUGGAGGAUUUCAGACAAAAAACUAUGCUGGUGGACCCAUCCUCAGCCUCUCCGGCGAUUGUUUCGCACAUCCCCAGCUUGACGGGUUCCGCCCAGCUCUCCUCUGCUCCUCCAGCUGUGGUGAGGAGGGUGGGUGGUAAGCCGGCCAUGGUGCCUCUGACUGCAGCGGACACAGGAGCAACACACGGAGGCAAAAAAGGAAAAAAGAAGAAAGAUCCUAAUGAACCACAGAAGCCAGUCUCAGCCUAUGCUCUGUUCUUCAGAGACACCCAGGCAGCCAUUAAAGGCCAGAACCCCAAUGCCACAUUCGGUGAGGUGUCAAAGAUAGUGGCGUCCAUGUGGGACAGCCUUGGAGAGGAGCAAAAACAGGUGGAGUAUAGUUUUUCAGUGGUAAAAAAUAACGCUGAAGGCAAACAGAAAUGA